CCGAGCUACAGACCAAGAGGCAUGGCUGUAUACCUCGCCACCGAAAAGGAUUGCACAAGUGGAGAGGGUGAGCUGCAAGAAUGCGUGAUCUGUUUUGAAGAGUUCCAGCCUGGCGACGAACUCGGUCGCAUGGAAUGCUUGUGUAAAUUUCAUCGGACGUGCAUCCGACAGUGGUGGGACACAAAAGGCACGGGAAGCUGUCCGACGCAUCAGCUCCAUGAAUAG